AUGGCCGGAGACACACAUGGUCUAAUGAGGGAAGCGUUUGAUGUUGGUACACAAUGGUCGCGUGCUAUGCAUUCUGGGACGGUGGCCUUCCACCACUUCUCCACCAUUCCAGGCUCCAAUGAGGAUCGUGAUCUCUACAUUGAUAUCCAUGCAAUUGGCCACCCAUCUUUUGACCUCACCGCCCUUGGCGUGCCGUCCACUGGAGCUUUACUACUGUCAUUCUCUAAGAAGACCAGUCAUAAACCUAGCAGGAUCAUAUUCUACAUGGACAGUAUGACUGAAGCGCAGUUCACCCAAGUUCUGAUGUAUGAAUUGGAUGCCAUCAGGAAGAAAAAUGUGUGUGCAUCUUUGCAGGAGGAUUAUCAACCCCCUGUGACAUUUGUGGUUUUCUAGAAAAGGCAUCACACAAGGCUCUUCCCUGAGGUGCACGAAAAAAAUGACAAAAGUGGAAACAUCCUUCCUGGAACCGUGGUCGAUACCAACAUAUACCAUCCGACCGAGUUAGAUUUCUACCUUUCUAGCCAUGCCGAGAUUCAAGGCACAAGCAAACCAACUCACUACCAUGUCCUCUUCGAUAAAAACCGUUUCACGACCGAUGGGUUGCAGCAGAUCACCAAUAACAUGUGCUACACAUACGCUCAAUGCACUCAGUCUACCUCUGUUGUUCCUCCUUCCUACUAUGCUCACUUGGUCGCGUUCCGCUCAAGGUAUUACGAUGUGCCAUCGGAGGUCUUGGACAGCGCCUCGAUCAUCAACAGUGGUUCUCGGGAGUGA